UUUUCUAACUUUUCCUCUUUUGACCUAAAAACAGAAACAAAAAUAGUUAUCAGUUUUUAGCAAAAUGGAGAAGCUUUGGUGCUACAAGAGAGUAUUCGAGCAUUUUGAUUCGGAUGGAGACGGUAAGAUUUCCCCGUCCGAGCUGCGGGAGUGUAUAGCGGUAGUGUCGGGGGAGAAGCUAUCGAUGGUAGAGGCGGAGGAGGCGAUGGCAGAGUUCGACUCGGACGGAGACGGGCAGCUGGAGGAGGAGGAUUUCGUGAGAUUCGUGGACGGGGGAGGGGAGAAGGAGAAGGUGAAGGAGCUUAGAGAAGCUUUUAAAAUGUAUGAAAUGGAGGGCUCUGGAUUUAUUACGGCGGAGAGCUUGAGGAGGAUGUUCAAGAAAUUGGGAGAGACUAAAAUUAGUUUGGGAGAUUGUAAGGCCAUGAUUGCUAAAUUUGAUCUUGAUGGUGAUGGUGUUCUUAGUUUUGAUGAGUUUAAGGUUAUGAUGUCAUAAAUGAGAUGCCAAAAUUUUAUCAUUUUGUCCAAUUCUUUAUGAUUUAAUCAUAUAAAAUAUGGGGUAAGUUUCAA